AUGCGGUCUGCCUUGACUAUUCCGCAUACCCGGCCGCCCACGACCAGAACAUUCCACUGCCUACGCACGACAACAGGCCACUUUGAGACGCUUCAUAACGGGGAUACACACAGAGGCAGACAUGCCCCGCUGACGCCGUCGAGGAGCUACACGCACCCGACACAUCCAUCUCGAUCACGAACAGUUACUCGCGCAAGUAGCCCUCACUCGCCGCGGCGGCAUCCAACGUCCCACUUCAGCCCCUAUGACGCCUCACAUGCUUCACCUACCCGUGGGGCAUAUCUGAGUGCAAAUACAUCGGCACAUCUCCGCCGGCGCGGCCUUGCAAGCAUACAGUCCGAUGACCGCGCAUUGCCCAGCGUCUGGUUCAACUCGCGCAAUUCGCACCUCCAGGAGAGAGACGGGGACAAUGGGCGUCCAAUUGGACCGAAUAACGGCAAUGGUGGCAGUGACAGAGACAGCGGUCCUCCAGACGAACGAACACUGAAGCUGGGAAAGACCACCUCUCUUGAUUCCUCAAUUCGCAUCCUGCAAGAACGUCUACCAACCCUACUCGCCUCUCCACUACCACAAGAGAUUCUCUCGCCGCAUAUCUCUCUGCAUCUCUUUCCGUCUACGCACCCGCAUCUACCCACUGUUUCGGGCCGGGUCGCAUACCUCGCCGCGCUCUGGACCGCGCCUGUCGCAUGGGGCCGGGUGCCGAUAGUGGGGAACGUCAAACUGAUCAUUCUCUCCGAACGCAUGGUCAAGGGCUCUUCAUCAUGUUCAUAUUCCUCCUCCCCUCCUUCUUCUUCCUCGUAUCCUCCGGCCUACGACACCGACUCCCCGCCUUCAGACCCACAUUCAAGAUCACCGCACGGAAGAUCAGCAGGCUUUGACGAACGUCUGAUUGUCCGAUGGCGCACCUGCGGCAAAACCAAAGGCAAAGGCAUGGGCGGCGCUCUGUACCGGGGCAUCGGCGCGCGCGAGCAAGUCGACAAGAUCACAGAGUUUCUCGGCGGCCACCAUGCGCCGCACGACGACGAGGAGUUUACGGGCCUCUUCAUCUUCGAAUUCGACGACGAGGGGCGCAUCCUCAGCCACACCAUCGAGCAUGUAGACGAGACCGGCAACUGGGAUAAAAUGGCCAAAGUCAUUAGCGUGACGGACUGGCUGCUAGGUAAAGCGCGCUGGAAGAGGGCGCAUGAGCUUGAAGAAGGCCUCGCUCUGGGGUUUUGCGAGACUGCGCAUGCACAUGUACGACAUGGAGGUAAACGGGAGUAG